AAUCGGGAGGACAGAAAACCUCACAGCUUAAUGGUUUAGUUAUUUGUUUUUAUUUUUGCUUUUUUAAAGGAUCCUGUAAUCAUAUAUCUCAUAGCCAUCCAUACAGAAGUAAGAAAGCAAAGGCUAAAAUGACUGGUUUGGAGUUUCUGACAUAAAAAGUUUUCAGGAAAAUUCUGGAUACAAGAGAGGGUAGAUGGCUAAACACUGGAAAAGGACUCGUGCUGAAUGAAGGUACUGCGCAAGACCUGAUCAGGAUCUGAAGUGGAGUCUGAAAAUUUCUAUCAGCUGCUGGUGGUGGUCUGGAUAACACACCUUGACAACUGCCACUCUUGACUUGGUCUGCACAAUAGAGUCAUCCAGAAGUUUGUUUUAAAGGACUAGUGCCUGAAAACACCACCCUUGAAUUCCUUCAACCAAUUGUAGCAGAGUCUCAGGGAAUAAAUUUGAAGUUUUGACAUGAAUGAACAAGUAACUCUACCUGAAAUGAUCAAAGACUGGACCAAAGAGCAUGUUAAAAAAUGGGUAACUGAAGACCUCAAGAUUGAUGAGAAAUAUGGGCAAAUUUUGUUUAGUGAAGAAGUAACAGGAUUGGUCCUGCAGGAAUUAACUGAGAAGGACCUUAAGGAAAUGGGACUCCCACGGGGCCCAGCACUUUUGAUAAAACGUACAUAUAGCAAAUUAAGUAAUAGUUCCCCUGAAAGUGACAAUCAGGAUUCUAGACAAUUAGAUCAUACAAAACCUUCCAAAAAAGACCACCAAAAAAAGCCAAAACAGACAAAAAAUGAAGAGGAAAAAUCAACAUCAUUCAAUAUUGAUCAUGAUGUCAGAGAGAUCAGGGAUACCUACAAACAAGAAUUGAUUCUUAUGAAAGAAAAUGCAUUAACUGAAACAAGUGAAGACAAGGAAAAGAAUAAACUGAAAACUGAACAGUUGACUUGCAUGACAUACCCAUUUGAUCACUUCCAUGAGAGCCAUCGCUACACAGAACAUCAUAUUCUACAACCUGAAACAGGACCACUCAAUCUCAUUGACCCAAUACACGAGUUCAAAGCUCUCACAAACACAGAAAGAGCCACAGAAGAGGACAUUAAGAUGAAAUUUACCAACGAAGUCUUCCGAUUUGCAUCAGCUUGUAUGAAUUCACGCACCAAUGGCACCAUCCAUUUUGGAGUUAAAGAUAAACCUCAUGGAGAAAUUGUCGGUGUGAAAGUCACCAGUAAGAAUGUCUUCAUUGACCACUUCAAUCUAAUGAUCAAAAAGUAUUUUGAAGACAGUGAGAUCAAUGUAGCCAAGAAGUGUAUUCGGGAGCCAAGGUUUGUGGAAGUCCUACUGCAGAACAAUACACUAUCUGACAGAUUUGUCAUUGAAGUAGAUGUUAUUCCCAAACAUUCUGUAUGUAAAAAAAAGUAUUUCUACGUUAAGAUGCAAAGUUUUACAGAUAAAACAUGGAAACAAAGCCAAGAUCAUUCACUGUUUGUGAGAGAAGGAGCUAGCUGUAAGAAUAUCCUGGCUAAUGCAAAGCAACGGGAUAUAAAUUUCAAAGAAUUUGAAGACAAUUUAAAGUCAUGGAUAGCAUGUAGAAAACAGGCAGAAGAAGAAUAUAGGAUGAAGGCACCUAAGAAAGAGAGUGAAGGACUGAAGUUGGUUAAACUUCUCAUUGGAAACCGAGAUUCACUGGAUACCUCCUACUACGAUUGGUACAUUCUUGUAACAAACAAGUGUAAUCAAAAUCAAAUAAAGCAUUUAGAUUUUCUAAAGGAAAUUAAAUGGUUUGCUGUGUUGGAAUUUGAUCCUGAAUCUCAGAUCAAGGGAGUGGUCAAAGCUUACAGAGAAAGCCGAGUAGCAAACCUUCACUUUCCGAGUCAGUAUGAAGAAAAGACAACAACCAUAGGGGAGAAAGUUUCUACUCUGAAACUUUAUGAGCAGCCCAGUUGGAUAUUCUGCAAUGGCAGAUCAGAUCUGCAAAAUGAGUCAUGUAAACCUCUGGAACCACAUUUGUGGCAGAGAGAUAGGGCAUCUGCAAUUAGGAAACUGAUCUUAUUUCUCACAGAUGAAAAUAUAAUGGCAAGAGGGAAGUUUUUGGUGGUGUUUCUCUUACUCUCUUCAGUGGAAAGCCCAGGAGAUCCAUUCAUUGAAACUUUCUGUGCUUUCUAUCAAGCUCUCAAAGGAAUGGAAAAUAUAUUGUGUAUCUGUGUCAACUCGCAGAUUUACCAGCGAUGGAAAGAUUUGCUACAAACACGACUGACAAUUGCAGAGGAGUUAGCAAACCACAGUACCUCCAAUUUAAAUAUAGAUCUGGUAAACAGUACUAUCCUUAAAUUGAAAUCAGUGACUCAGUCAUCAAGAAGGUUUUUGCCCUCCUAUGGAUCUUCCUCAGUUAUCCUAGAGAAAAUGGAAGAGGACAUAUUGACUGCACUGGAAAUCCUCUGUGAAAAUGAGUGCAAAGACACAGACAUAGAGAAAGAUGAAUCUAAAUUCUCAGAGUUUAGGAAAUCAAAAGAAGAACACUUUUAUCGAGGUGGCAAAGUAUCUUGGUGGAACUUCUAUUUUUCUUCUGAAAGCUAUUCUUCAGCUUUUGUGAAAAGAGACAGUUAUGAAAACCUUAAGCAUAUAAUAGAAGAAUGUGCAGAUUCUCCGAAACCAAUAUUCGCAAAAAUCAUCAACCUUUACCAUCAUCCAGGCUGUGGAGGUACUACAUUGGCUAUGCAUGUUCUCUGGGACCUAAAGAAAAAGUUUAGAUGUGCUGUGCUAAAAAACAAAGCAACUGAUUUUGUAGAAAUCGGAGAACAAGUAAGCAAGCUGAUCGCCUACAAGGUAACCAACCACCAGGAUUACAUACCUGUUCUUCUCCUCGUGGAUGACUUUGAAGAACAGGAAAAUAUCUACAUUCUACAGAAUACCAUCCAUACCUUUUUGGCAGAGAUAGGUUUGCAAUAUGAAAAAACAUUGGUAAUUAUCUUAAAUUGCAUGAGAUCCCAGAAUCCAGAUAAAAGUGCAAAAUUGGCAGAUAGUAUUUCACUAAAAUACCAACUUACUCCCAAGGAACAAAGAGCUUUUGAGGCCAAACUGGAGGAAAUUGAAAAAGAGCACAAGAACUGUGAAAACUUUUAUUCCUUUAUGAUGUUGAAAGGCAGUUUUGAUGUGGCAUAUAUAGAAAAUGUAGUAAGGAAUAUCCUGAAAGAACAGAAAGAAGACAGCAAGGAAGCAGAACUCAUUUCUUUCCUGGCUUUACUCAACUCUUAUGUUAUUGACUCUACAAUUUCACUGUCACAGUGUGAACUGUUUUUGGGACUCGCAUAUACUAGCACACCCUGGAAACCUGAAAGUCUAGAAGACAGGAUGGGAACCUAUUCUACACUUCUAAUUAGAACAGAAGUUGCAGAAUAUGGACGGUACACAGGUGUGCGUAUUAUUCACCCUUUGAUUGCCAUUCACUGUCUAAAAGAACUGGAAAAAAGUUAUCACAUGGAUAAAUAUCAAAUUGCAUUGAAGAUACUAAGUGAGAAUUUAUUCUAUGAUUCUGGAAUAGGAAGGGAAAAAUUUCAGCAUGAUGUGCAAACUCUUCUGCUCACAAGACAGCGCAGGGAACAUGGAGAUGAGACAGACACUUUGUUUUCCCCAUUAAUUGAAACUCUGCAGAAUGAAGAAACUGAAAGAGUCUUGAUGGCAGGAAGCAAUCGAUUCCCACAAAAUGCAUUCAUUUGUCAAGCCUUGGCAAGGUAUUUCUACAUUAAAGAGAAGAACUUUAACACUGCUCUACACUGGGCAAAUAAGGCAAAAAAGAGAGCACCUAAAAAUUCUUACAUCUCAGAUACACUUGGUCAAGUCUACAAAAGUGAGAUCAAAUGGUGGUUGGAUAAAAAUAAAAGCUGCAGGAAUGUUACUGUUAAUGAUCUUACAUAUUUCCUAGAAGUGGCUGAAAAAGCCUCAAAAGCUUUCAAAGAGUCUCAACAGCAAACUGAUAGUAAAGACUAUGAAAUGGAGGCCUGGUCACCACAGAAGUCUCAAAGGAGAUAUGACACAUACAAUACAGCUGGUUUCUUAGGCGAAAUAGAAGUCGGUCUUUACACUAUCCAGAUUCUUCAGCUCACUCCCAUUUUCCACAAAGAAAAUGAACUAUCCAAAAAGUCUGUGGUAGAGUUUUUAUCUGGAAAGGGGAUAAAAACUGACCUAAAAAAUGAAUAUUAUUUGGCUCUCAGCAAGUACACACCCUACCUGCAAAAUUUACAAUUAGAUUUGAAAAGGUGCUUUGAUUUUUUUCUUGAUUAUACGGUUCUUCUAAAAACAAGGAAUGUCCAAAAAGAAAUGACAGAAGUCACACUGAGCAAGAAGGUCAGUCGUUGUUUCAGGCAAUACACAGAACUUUUCUGCCACUUGGACUUGAGUCCAUUACAGGGCAGGGAGAAUCAAUUACUCAAAGAGGAGAAUUGCAGGAAAAGUCUGGAAGCUUUGAGAGCAGAUAGGUUUUCUGGACUCUUGGAAUAUCUUAAUCCAAACCACAAAGAGGCUGGAACUAACAUGGAAAAUAUAGUGAAACAUUACACCUUCCUACUUCAUCAAAACCCAAACAAACGGUUCACAAAGGAGAAACAAAAUUUCAUUUUAGCCAACAUUAUUCUCAGUUGUCUAAAACCCAAUUCCAAGUACAUUCAACCAUUUGACAUACUAAAAAAACAGCUCCGAGAAGUCUUGCAACUGGUAGAACUAAAUCACCCAUAUCCAUAUUCUUAUUUCUUGGCCUGCCUCCUAUUCUGGCCAGAAAACCAAGAGCUAGAUCAAGAUUCUAAACUGAUGGAAAAGUACGUCUCGUCCUUAAAUAGAUCCUUCAGGUCGCAGUACAAGCGAAUGUGCAGGUCCAAGCAGGCCAGCACACUUUUCUAUUUGGGGAAGAGCAAGGGUCUCAAUAGACUUGUUCACAAGGCUGAAAUAGAGCAGUACUUUAGUAAAGCAGAAAAUACAAAUUCUGUCUGGCAGAAUGGCAAGGUGUGGAAAAUCAAAGAGGUCAAAGACCUCCUAUGUCGGCUAGUUGGUCAGGCUGAAGGCAAACUAAUCUCUAUAGAAUAUGGAACAAAGGAAAAACUAAAAAUACCAGUGACCUCUGUGUACUCUGGCCUACUCAGAAGUGGCAGGAACAUAGAAAGAGUUUCCUUCUACCUAGGAUUCUCCAUUGAAGGCCCUCUGGCAUAUGAUAUAGAAGUAAUUUAAGAAGCUAUGUUAAUUCAAAUGUUCAUUCAUGUCAGUCUAAGAUUGCACUUCUUCUCUACCCUAUGACAUCUUCUUGACAUUAUUGGCUUAACUCUAAUCACAAAUUUCAUUUUUGUCUCUCUAAAUCAAUUAGAAACCUUUCUAGGACAUGCAAUGUGUCUACACCACAGAACUUAGCAUACAGUAGAGGUAGUCAUUUAAUAUUUCAAAUAUGUAUUUUUAGAUGAGCAUAUUUCAUUAAGAAGUUGCAAUUGGUAUCCAUUUUUCUCAACAUAACUGGUUAAAUCUCAAUAAAUAGGGUUUUAAAUUGACUUUUCUUAUUUCCCAAAUUAUCUCUUCACUGUGAAUACAGAGAUUUAACUAAAGAAUAUGAAAGCAUGUCCCAGGUACAUUGACCUCAAACCCACAGAACCACCUUAUCUUGGCAUCAGUAAAAUUUCUGUGGAAGUACUGGGUGUGUUGGUGCACCCCUGUAAUACCAGUAUGCAGGAGGCUGAGGCAGGAGAAUGGCAAACUCAAGGCCAGCCUGGGUAAUGAAGCAAGACCCUACCUUAAAAAAAAUGUACAUCAAAGUUAAAUACUUUGUU